AGAUUAUUUUUUUUUGAUAUUUCAGAAUAAAGCAAUGGCGCCGGCUAUGCGGCCUCGUGUUAUUCAGGUUGAGCGGAGUUCCAAGGGGUUCGGUCUCUCCUUGAUCUAUCGAGGACUUGAUAAAUACGAGGAGAAGGAUACAGGGAUCUUCGUAGCUCGAGUAGUACCUGGAGGCCAGGCGGCCAGGUACGGAGUUAGAGAAGGCGAUAAGAUUAUCUCCAUCAACAACAAGAAUCCAAGGAAUGUCGACGAUGCCGUCGGGAUCAUCAAGGAGGCAGGAAAGUCUAUCAAGUUGAUGCUGCUCCGUCAGGAGGAGGUCCCUGAUGUGGUUCAUGAUGAUAAUCUCAGCCUGGCCUCCACGGAGAUGGAUUCUACUUGGAUGCGAGCCAGCAUUGGACAACCUGGAUCCAGGACGGGUUCGGUUCGAAGUUUCAAUACUCAGUACGGACGACAUACUCCGGAGAACACUCCUGCAAUGAUACAUAACAGUCCUCAACAGCAAAAGUUUCUCCAGGAGCAGGAGGAGUACAGACGCAGGCAGCAGCAGGAGAUACAAGCUGCUCAGGAAGCUGAAGCUCAGCGUCAAUAUGAGCAACAGAUAAUGAUGCAUCAACAGCAGCUUAGAGCACAACAGCAGCAACAACAACAAGCUGAGCUGUUGGCUCAGCAACAACAGCUUCAACAGCAACAGCUUCUUCAACAACAACAGAUCCAUGAGAGUCCUGUCAAACAAACUGUGAGAGAUCUGAUUAAUAAACAUGAUCCAGAUAUUCUGAUGAAACAGAACGCAAACUAUCUAGCUCCAACCCCUCGCUACACUAAGGAGGAAAUUACAAAAUCUACAGAAAAUAUCACAACCGUGGAGUCGGGACGGAAAUCUCCGGGAGCCUUCUCCACCAAGUCGAGCAGGUACAAGUCGACAAUCAGUCUAGCAGAUCUGGGUCUGGAUAACUACCCCUACCCGGAGAUGCCAGAGAGCAGUAGAUUAUCUAGGAAGGAGGAGAAGCAAACCCUGCAGAACCUGAACAAUAGGUUAGCAGGAUACAUAGAUAAGGUUAGACAACUCCAGAGGGACAAUGCAAAACUAAACAAACAGAUUAAACACAUUGAAGAGUAUCAGAGCAAGGAAGUGACCAAUGUCAAACAAAUUUAUGAUCAUGAGAUUGAUUCUCUUAAAGAUGCUCUUGACGGACUAUCCCGCCAGUAUAAUCAACUAAAGGUUGCCUCUGAGGGACUUCUCAGUGAAAACGAAGAUCUUAAGGAUACUCUUCAGCGAAAGGACAAUGAUCUGAAGAACACCGGCGAGGUUAUCUCCGGACUUCAGGAUGAGAUUCGUCAGCUCACCAGCAGACUCGGAGACCUGGAUAACCAGAGGAAGAAGACCCAGGACAGGCUGGACGAGGUUCUCCCUGAGCUACAGAGACAAAAGGAUAAACUGAACGAGGCCAAGAAGCAGCUUGACGACGAGGUUCUCAAGAAGGCCGAGCUGGAGAACCAGUGCCAGAGAUUGGACGAGGAGCUCAAGUUCAAGAUCCAGCUUCUGGAGCAGCAGCUGGAAGAGGUUAAGACAAGGAAGGAGAUUGAGAUCACAGAGAUGGACGGGAAGCUGCAGGAAGAGUAUGAGGAUCGUCUCCAGAAAGCUCUGGGAGAACUGAGGGAGGUUUAUGACAAGCAGAUGUCUCAGAACAGAGAAGAUUUUGCCAAACUUUACGAAACAAGGGUAAAUGAUCUUCAGACUCAUCUGGCCUCGGAGAGAGGACGCGCCUCCUCAGGAGCCCAGGCUCUCUCCGAGUCCAAGUCUAGGAUAGAGAACCUGGUUCAUAAGGUCUCGGAGCUGGAGUCAUCCAACCUCAAGCUCAAUCAGAAGAUCUCAGAUCUGGCACAAACUCUGGAGGAUCAGAACUCAGCACAAAGAUCUCAGUUGGCUGCCAAGGAUGACGAGAUCAAACGUCUACUGGAUGAGCUGAGCAACCAGUUGAACGAGUACCAGACCCUCAUGGAUACCAAGGUUGCCCUGGACAUGGAGAUUGCCGUGUUCCGUCGCCUCCUAGAGUCCGAGGAAGACAGGCUCGGGAUUCAUAUUGGAGACGACUCUUUCGACGAUGAGGUCGACGACGACCUAUCCGAGGUUCAGCGCGUCAUCACGACCAACUCCGAGUCCAACUUCCAGAGGAAGAUCACCGUCUCUCAAACUCAACUCUAAGCGUACAAAAUGGAGAAAUUUGUGACAAAAAUACUUGUAAAGUAUUAUUAAAGUGCUUUUAUUUAUAUUUGUAAUUAUAACUUAAAGUGAACAUUGAUGUAGAGUUCUUCAGAAAUCAUAAGAAACAAGUGACAGCCCUUUAAGCAAAUUGUACAGGUUGAUUAUUAAAGAGACUGUAGACGUAAUUUCAAGCAACCAUCAUUUAUUAAGUGGUAUAUGUCAGAUAACUCGGUACUCUUCAAAGUGAUUGAGAUACCUUUUUUAUUGCAAUCUAAAAUGAUAAUUUGUUAUAUCUUUAAGACAUUAAACCUACGAUAACGGGCUAAAGGGUACCGUUGUGAAUUGCUAUGUCACUCUACGGUUGGAUGGUCAUGUAUAGCUACUUUUAAAGUCUACACUAGAAGAACGACGUUAUAAUUCGUUAGUUCAAGUUGUAUGUUAUUUUGACAACUCUGCAUCUUAAAUAUUUAUUUAACUCCUGUGUUUUCUGUAUAUCCCUGUAUGUGUUUUUAGAAUGUAUAAAUUCAAUAAAAUAAUAUGUAAUUUUCUAUG